GUAGAGUCCUAAGCACUAGGCAACAACACAAUAUACCCUUUCAUCAUCUUCCCCUCAAAUCUCAUUCACUCAUCCUUUCUCUCUCCUCAAACUUUUACACAUUAAUUUAAUUUUAUUAAUUAAAGUGGGCUUUUUAUUGUAUUUCAUUUUAUUAUUUUAUCAAAUUUUAUUAAACUUUAUUUUAUUUUAUUUCCCAUUAGAUUUAUGGUAAAGAAGUAGUAGAAGAAAGAAAUGCAGUGAAGAACAAGGAAAAUGAUACAAGUGGUUGUUGUUGUCCUUGCAGUUGCAGUUACUCCUCUCAACAACACCAACACCAACUGAUUUUUCCUUCUCUCUUUUUCCUAAACAAAUCUGAAAAAAACAAAAUAAAACAUUUUUUUUCUAUUUUAUUUUCCCUACAAACAAAAAAUAAAUAAAUAAAUAAUGGGUUCUGAUUUCUGAAUAAUUUCUGAAUAUAUUUGGUGUUGCAGUAUCACUUUCUAGUUUCUUUUUAGUGAUAAAAUUUGGGUUUUUUCUGAUUACCCAAAUUCCCUCUCAUUCUGUUCUUCCCCUUUUGCCAAAUCUUACUAUUUUUAGCUGAAAACUAGUGGGUUUAUGAUGGAAAAUGGAGGGGGAAAUGGUGGAAAUGGAGAAGAAUGUUGUGUUAAAGUAGCUGUUCAUAUUAGACCUUUAAUUGCUGAUGAAAAACUUCAAGGUUGUAAGGAUUGUGUUACUGUUGUUCAUGCUAAACCUCAGGUGCAAAUCGGGACGCAUUCCUUUACAUUUGAUCAUGUCUAUGGGAGUUCUGCGUCUCCAUCAUCUUCUAUGUUUGAAGAAUGUGUUUCACCACUCGUUGAUGGUUUAUUCCAGGGAUAUAAUGCCACAGUUCUUGCUUAUGGUCAGACCGGGUCAGGAAAAACCUACACCAUGGGUACGGCAUUUCAAGAAGAUGGACAUACCGGAGUUAUUCCUCUAGUUAUGAAUUCAUUAUUCCACAAAAUUGAAGAGUUGAAGAAUGAAACUGAAUUCCAAUUGCAUGUAUCUUUUAUCGAGAUUCAUAAAGAGGAAGUGCGGGAUUUGCUGGAUUCCUCCCUAUCAACAAAAUCAGAAACGACAAAUACAGGGAAGGUAAAUGUACCCGGAAAACCCCCAAUACAGAUCCGUGAAUCAUCUAACGGUGUCAUUACUUUGGCGGGAUCUACUGAAGUGGAGGUCAGAUCUUUAAAAGAAAUGGCAGCGUGCCUAGAACAAGGGUCACUGAACAGGGCAACUGGGAGUACAAACAUGAACAAUCAAUCCAGUCGAUCACAUGCCAUCUUCACAAUUACACUAGAGCAAAUGUGCAAGCUAAAUCAUGGAAAUCCCGAAAACAACAAUGUCAAUGGAAGCAUUAACGAUGAAUACCUGUCAGCUAAAUUACAUUUAGUAGAUCUGGCUGGGUCAGAACGUGCAAAAAGAACAGGUUCCGAUGGCAUGCGUUUUAAAGAAGGAGUUCAUAUUAACAAGGGUUUGCUCGCCCUUGGAAAUGUCAUAAGUGCUCUUGGUGAUGAGAAGAAGCGGAAAGAAGGCGUACAUGUUCCUUACCGUGACAGUAAAUUAACUCGAUUAUUGCAGGAUUCACUUGGGGGCAACAGCAGAACCGUUAUGAUUGCUUGCAUUAGUCCGGCGGACAUUAAUGCUGAAGAAACCCUUAACACACUUAAGUAUGCAAACCGUGCACGGAAUAUUCAAAAUAAGCCUGUGAUCAAUAGAGAUCCAAUAUCCAAUGAGAUGAUUAAGAUGCGGCAGCAGCUUGAGUAUUUACAAGCUGAACUUUGUGCUCGAGGAGGUGGUGCCUCCUCAGAUGAAGUACAGGCCUUGAAAGAGAGGGUUUCUUGGCUUGAAUCAACUAACGAGGAUCUCCGCCGGGAGCUUAGUAAGUAUCGCAAUGGAUAUAGUGCUGGUGAUCAGGUUGAUAAUUUGGGUCAGAGCGGAGAACUCGGUCUAGUAAAGAAUGAAGGGCAUAAGAGGCGUCAAAGUAUGGAUUCAUCUGAUUAUGCAAUGGGUGAGAUUGUUAUGGGCGAUUCCAAGGACAUGGAUGAAGAAGUUGCAAAGGAGUGGGAGCACAAGGUUCUUCAGAACACUAUGGAUAAAGAAUUAAAUGAGUUGAAUAGACGUCUGCAGCAGAAAGAGUCGGAAAUGAAGCUUUUCGGAGAAGCUGAUACGGAGACUCUUAAACAACAUUUUGGGAAGAAACUAAUUGAGCUAGAGGAUGAAAAAAGAGCUGUUCAGCAAGAACGAGAUCGACUUUUGGCCGAGAUAGAAACUCUUGCCGCUUCUUCUGAUGGGCAAACGCAAAAAAUGCAAGACGUUCAUUCUCAAAAAUUGAAGGCGCUCGAGGCGCAGAUUUUGGAUCUGAAAAAGAAACAAGAAAACCAGGUUCAUCUAUUGAAACAAAAACAAAAAAGUGAAGAAGCAGCCAAGCGGUUGCAAGAGGAGAUACAAUACAUAAAGGCACAGAAGGUUCAAUUGCAAAAUAAAAUUAAGCAAGAGGCAGAACAAUUUCGACUAUGGAAAGCUUCUCGAGAGAAGGAACUUUUACAGUUACGUAAGGAGGGGAGGAGGAAUGAAUAUGAGAGGCAUAAGCUACAAGCUCUAAAUCAGCGUCAGAAAUUGGUUCUUCAAAGAAAAACCGAAGAAGCUGCAAUGGCAACGAAAAGAUUAAAAGAGUUGCUUGAAGCUCGAAAAUCUUCAGUACGUGAUCAUUCAGCAAUCGCUAAUGGCAAUGGAGCAAAUGGGCAGACCAAUGAGAAAACGUUGCAGCGCUGGCUUGAUCACGAGCUAGAAGUCAUGGUAAAUGUCCAUGAAGUACGUUCAGAAUACGAAAAACAAACUCAAGUACGUACUGCACUCGCGGAAGAAUUGUCCGUGUUGAAACAACUAGAAGAGCUAGCUUCAAAAGGCUUAAGUACUCCGAAAGGAAAGAACGGAUUCUCUAGGUUAUCUUCACUUUCACCGAAUGCAAGGAUGGCUAGAAUUGCUUCUCUAGAAAAUAUGCUGAGCAUAUCCUCAAAUUCACUUGUAGCGAUGGCUUCACAACUUUCCGAAGCAGAAGAGAGGGAACGUGCCUUUAGUAAUCGUGGUCGUUGGAACCAGUUGCGAUCAAUGGGAGAUGCAAAGAGUUUGCUACAAUAUAUGUUUAAUUCUCUUGCCGAUACGAGAUGUCAGAUAUACGACAAGGACACGGAAAUGAAGGAAAUGAAAGAGCAGCUGAAAGAACUAGUUGGUCUUUUGAGGCAGAGCGAAACGCGCAGAAAGGAGGUGGAGAAGGAGCUAAAAGUGAGAGAGCAAGCAGUAGCUGCUGCUCUUGCUACAUCUGCAUCGAAUCUCCCACAAGGACCUGUAAAACACUCAGUUGACGAUAUGAGUGGCCCCAUGUCUCCAGUUUCCGCACCUGCUCAGAAGCAGCUCAAGUAUACUCCUGGGAUUGCAAACGGACACGUCAGAGACUCAGCAUACAUAGAUCCAAAAAGGAUGAUACCACUCGGGCAAUUGUCGUCGAAGAAAUUAGCAGUUGCAGGACAAGCCGGGAAGUUAUGGAGAUGGAAAAGGAGUCACCAUCAGUGGAUACUACAGUUUAAAUGGAAAUGGCAAAAACCAUGGAGAUUGUCUGAAUGGAUUAAGCAUUGUGACGAGACCAUUGUGAGGUCGAAGCCUCGACCUCAUGCCUUGACCGACAUGAUGUAAUAUAUAUCAUCGUGGUUUUGUUUUUGGUAUGAUUUGACUUCCACAUACAUCCACAACUAUGUUCGAGUUAGACUAGCAAUACCUAUGUAGGUUAGAAGAAUGCAGUCAUAUACAGUGGACCCAUUAUGUAUUGUUUUAUGUAUGUCUUGGCAACAUUAGAUCUUGGUGAAUUGGAUGUAACUUCAAUUCUUCAGUAGGGAGCAUCUUGUAAAGCAGUGAUGAUGCUACCAGCCGAGAAGAACACCAAGCGGGAUGGCAACCUUCUAACUCUCAUUUCUUUCGGGUUUUCGUCUGUGAAUAAGAGGGAAGGACUUCUUUGAUAGGAUCAUAUAUGUUGUAGUACUUCUAUGAAUGAAGGGUGGUUUUUAUUUCCCUUUAUUGUGCUUUUUUAGUGUGCAGUGUGUGUGACACGCGAUUAAUUUGUCAAUAUAUUACUCCCCCAUUCAGAUUGCUACAUUACGUAUAUCGAUAUUAGAGCUUUAUGGGUCAAAGGUAGCAAUUUCAGUGGGACCAAGGAGUACUCGUAUAAAAAUUAGGCCUUUGUAUUAGAGUCAAACUGGUUUAAUUGUACUAGGUUUCCAUGAUUGAUGUAUGUAGCACAUUUAAUGAAUGAUUGUAUUAGAAGUGAUUGAUUUAUAUAGUAAGAUUUCUUUUAGUUCC